AACGACUGUCGUUUUAUGAUCCUCCACACACCUGUAGAACACCCCUGGCUGUCCCACGACCGGAUUUUGGGAUCUGGCCAGGGAGAAGCGGAGACGAGAGAAUGUGUUUACUACAAUGCCAACUGGGAACUGGAGAAGACUAACCAGAGUGGAGUGGAGCGUUGUGAAGGUGAAAAAGACAAGCGCCUGCAUUGCUACGCAUCCUGGAGAAACAACUCUGGAUCCAUCGAACUAGUGAAGAAAGGAUGUUGGCUUGAUGACUUCAAUUGUUAUGACAGGGAGGAAUGUGUGGCCACAGAAGAGAAUCCACAAGUCUAUUUCUGUUGUUGUGAAGGGAAUUUCUGCAAUGAAAAGUUCACUCACUUGCCUGAACCUAAUGGCCCACAAGUGGUUUAUGAGCCACCGCCUCCAAAUGCCUCGCUUCUCCAUGUGGUGGUUUAUUCCUUGUUUCCCAUGACUGCUGUCUCCAUUGCCGUUUUGCUGGCUUUUUGGAUGUACCGUCACCGCAAACCUCCGUAUGGGCACGUCGAUGUCAGCGAGGACCCCGGACCCCCACCUCCUUCUCCAAUGGUUGGACUGAAGCCUCUGCAGUUGUUAGAAGUCAAAGCCAGAGGUCGUUUUGGCUGUGUCUGGAAAGCACAACUGAUGAAUGACUUUGUGGCAGUGAAAAUCUUCCCCGUACAGGACAAGCAGUCUUGGCAAAGCGAAAGGGAUAUCUUCAGCACCCCAGGAAUGAAGCAUGACAACCUUCUGCAGUUUAUUGCAGCCGAGAAGAGGGGAACAAACUUGGAGACGGAGCUGUGGCUGAUCACCGCUUUCCACGAGAAGGGUUCCUUGACUGACUAUCUGAAGGGGAACGUUCUCAACUGGAACGAACUCUGCCACGUGGCAGAAACCAUGGCCCGCGGACUCUCCUAUCUGCAUGAGGACAUCCCCUGGUGCAAGGGAGGACAUAAGCCUGCUAUCGCCCACAGGGAUUUCAAGAGCAAGAAUGUGCUGCUGAAGAAUGAUUUGACUGCCGUGCUUGCUGACUUCGGACUGGCUGUGCGCUUUGAACCCGGGAAGCCUCCAGGAGACACUCAUGGACAGGUGGGAACCAGAAGAUACAUGGCGCCUGAGGUCCUGGAAGGAGCAAUUAAUUUCCAGAGGGAUUCCUUCCUGAGAAUUGAUAUGUAUGCCAUGGGCCUGGUAUUGUGGGAGUUGAUUUCCAGAUGCAAAGCAACUGAUGGUCCCGUGGAUGACUACCUACUGCCUUUUGAAGAAGAAAUCGGCCAACACCCAUCUCUUGAGGAGCUGCAGGAGAUUGUGGUCCACAAGAAGAUGCGUCCUGUGUUCAAGGACCAUUGGCUUAAACACCCUGCCAUAGCUCAGCUGUGUGUCACGAUUGAAGAAUGCUGGGAUCAUGAUGCGGAGGCCAGACUGUCAGCCGGUUGUGUGGAAGAGCGCGUCGCCCAGAUUCGCAAGUCAGCCAAUGGUAGUACCCUCGACUGCCUUGUUUCCAUCGUGACCUCUGUCACCAACGUAGAUUUGCUGCCCAAAGAGUCAAGUAUCUAAGUCCUUGUUUGCCUUUUUUUUUUCCCACUGGUCUCUUCAGACGCAGUGGAUUUUUUUUUUCCGAAAAAAAAAAAUUGCAGAAUUCAACACACACACGCAUACAUAUACAUGAAUGCAGCUGCUAUUUUCUUGACUUUUCUUGCUAUUGUUAUUAUUUGUUGUGUUGUUGUUGUUGUUUUGAUUGAAUCAAUUUACCAGCAUAUUGCUCUACUGUAUUGAAAAGAGAAAAAAAAAAUAAUAAUAAGAGAAAGACAUCACUCUGAAAGCGUCCAGGUGCCGACUAAUGAAUGCAGUUACAGUGCAGGUACCUCAAAGCCUCAGUGAACUCUCUUCGUUUCUUUUUCAACCUGUUUUCUCUUCUAACUAACCUGCAAUUUUUACACCAAAUAUCAGUGAUAACAAGGAAACAACCUACUCAUCUUCUUAUACAUGCUGCAAAAUCAAGACUGUUCCAUGAGAUCACACCUCUCAAAAACCGGAUUCCCCCCCCACUCCUCCUCCUCCUACUUUUCCUUUCCUUUCUUUUCUAUUUUAGACAGUGAGCUUAAAAAAAAAGAAGAAGAAGAAAAAAGCAGAUGUGUCUUUUACGGGUCUAACGGGUGUUGCGUUCUUUGUGGGGGGGGGGAGUGAUUGAGUCGAGAAUAUUAACUCUGAUGGUAGAAUUGAAAAUGAGAAGUUAGGGCUGGAUGGGGAAGGAGACGUUGGACUUUUGCAGCAUUUGGAGAAACAGUGGCUAAAGAGUUACUUCUCAGGAAAACAGUUAAUGAGAGGAUGGGCAAGUUUUGAGGCAUAUUAAACUGCUACAACAUGCAGAAAAAGUUGGGUCACAAAAUCAUUUGAUACAAAUGGAUUCUUAAAAUAUCUCAGGCUUGGGUAAUGUUAAAUGAAACCAACCCUUUCUAUUACAUUUAUAAGUUCAGAGAAUGAGGUCUUAGGAUUCAAUAACUGCAGAUUUCCCUCAGUUGUCUAACAGGGCAAAAUUUAAACAAUUUUUCUGCCAUUUUAAUAAAAUAAAAUUAAAAAAAAACACACGAAAGACAACAAGCAUCUAACCUGGAGCCAGUUUUGUAUUGGCAUUUGGUAUUCAAUGUCAUUCAUGAUGUGAAACAGCCUUUCUUUGAAGACUCAUUGAAAUCAGUAAAACUUACUUCCAAGUAAAUGUAGCCAGGACUAAUAAAAUUCAAUCUCACUCUUAGAUCUUAAUACCUGCAGGACAAAUGUCAAGGCUGUUUAGCUGCUACGACUAUCAGGCAUUGUAAAGGGAGAUUAACUUUCCCCAUUAAGGACACCUAGAAAUACCAUCACCAAUUGCCUCCUGGGUCUUCAUCAGAAUGUACAUGUGUGUAUAAAAAAAAAUAAAUCAAGAUGGCUGCUGUGAUCAUGGCCAUUUUAACUUUUUUGACACCUUCUCUGGACACAUCUCCGUAGUCCUUUGGCAAAAGUCAUGGCGGUUGAAUACAGUUGAAUACAGUUGUCUAUCUUUCUUUGAUUUAUGGUAGGAAUAGGUAUAGUUUAGGCCAAUGUUUCUCAACCUUGGCAACUAACAUCUCUUAUAGAGUUCUGUUUCUAAGUAUACUUUCACACUUUACACAAAUUCCUUUGCUUUCAGUACAGCUCGCAGCUGGUUGAAAUUGAUGGGUUUUGAUUUUUCUUGAUUCUUCAUUCUCUGAAGACUGUCACCCAACUUUUUCGUCUUAACAGUGGUGCAUAUUUUCAAUACUAUUAAUUCUACUAUGCCAUAAAAUCCGCUCUAGUCAGUGAAUACUCCUAAUGCUGCCAAUAUAACAUUUAAAUAUUUUUUUAACCUGCAAAACAUGCAAUGAUUUAUAAAAAAAAAAAACUUAGAAUACACAAACACAUGAAGUGGCUUUUGAGGUUUAACUAAAAAAAAAAAAAACCUUCAUGACCACAGACCACCUCAAACCAGAAAUACCUCAAAAUUUUCUACUUGUAUGAGUUUUAUUAUAUAUUUUGUUAGUUGUGUUACCUUGGAGUAUGUAAAUUUUAAUGUAAGUUGGCUUUUAUGAAAAGGGAGUUUUAAAAAAAGAAGAAGAAAAAAGAAAAAAUUUUCCCCAAUCUUUUAGAAAAUGCUACCACUUCUUUUCUUUUUUCUUUCUAUAAAGCACCAUUGUAAAUACAUAUAAACAAUUUUAGAGGAAUUGGCUAUACAAGAUUCCUGGACAUAUUCACCAUUACUUGUGAAGGCUUGUUUCCAUUUUUUAAAAAGAAUUGGUGAGAGUAGCAGGAGCACAAGUUGUUUUAGCAAACAAUUAUUAGUAUAGCAUUUCCUUUUUGAAAUAUUUCCCUCGGGAGAUGCUAAUCAAAUUAUUUUCUUUAGAUUUGUUUUUCAGCUGUUGGUUGACUGACACCCAGUUAACGCAAUACAAAUUUGAUCAUUCAGUAAAAACAUAAAAGGUUGCAAUGCAAUUCCUUUUCCCCAAAACAUUUAAUUAACUGUAGGAGAAUCUCAGAGAAGCUUUUCUAGCAAAUAAAGAACAGCAAAAGGAAACUAAUCUUGCCAAUUGGGCAUGUGGAAGCAGGGGUGCCCAAAACGAACCGCCUUUUUCACUUUGUAAGACAAGAAGAGAGUUGCUUUUGACUGCUUAUGAAUGUUAAAAAAAAAAAAAAAGUUUCACUCUGUAUGCUUCUGUAUCUAUUUCAAGGGGUGGGGGGAAGAAUUGAAAUUUGCAAUUUUAUCCUUUUCUUGGGAAAAACAGCUGCCUCUCUAAUGAAGUAAAAAUACUGAUGCUUCUUCUCUUUGCUCAAUGCUUGAAUCUCUAAACUAUUUAAAGUAACCAUGUGCAACUCUGAAAUACGUAAUGUUUGCUUUUGCAUAAGUUAAAAUUAAUUGAGGAAGAUGAGUUAAUUUAUUACUUCAAAAAUGGUUGUAGAUGGCAAAUGCAGGCACCUUUUCUGAACUUCAGGAGUGGGCUUCUGUUAGGGAACAAGUGGUGACAUGUAUGUAAUCAUACAGAUACCAUAAUGUAUAUAUUUUGUCUCAAGGUGUCCUGCAACUUGUACAUAAUGGUGGCAUUUGCAGAAUUACAUCACUGUACAGAUGUCAUUUUAGUGUCAUUGCAACUUUUGCAGGCACCGUGAACUUCUUGGGGAUUUAUUCAACAAUUGUCAGUGACUAGUAUGUUAAAAGACUAAUUUUGCAUACGAUUGACUAAACAAGAUGAUAGUUUCAUUGGUUAUGGACUGCCCAUUUUUUCCCCCCCGGAAUAGACUUUUAUUGUUCUUCACUCUGUUUUAUAUAUCAAGAUUAAGCAUCUGAUUGAUUCGGAAACUUGAUUUGGCACUGGCUCUAUUAAGAAAAAAAAAAAUCUUAAAAGAGUCAGUGACUUAAUGCAUUCAGAAUACUGUGGAGAAUCAAAUUAAGACAACAUGGGACCCACCCGUGUAUUGUGACUUGCCAAGUUAUUAGAAACUCCUUUGAUUUCUGCAGUCACAAUGUAAUUUCUUGAGCAGAACUAUAAUUUUACAUAUAGGAGUAAUAGGCUUUAUUUGGAAGGCUACCAAUUAGGAGGCCUCAACAAAGUUCUAAUUUAUGUCUUUAUGGACGACAAUGUUGCCCUUAACAACAGAGGCUUCAGGAAAAACGAAGUGAAGGAAAAUAGAUCCAUUAAGAUGAAAUAAACCUUGACAUCUGAAUGUCACUAACAGUCACAGUGCACGGUUAGCAGUGAGGAAGAUACACGCUGUUAUUGCUGUAUUGCUUCAAGUGUGCUUAUUUCUGUCUCACAGCAUUAUUCCUCUAAUGGUUCAAAUAAGCUUGAUACAGCAGUUGCUUUGCUUUUCCAUUGAAAGAAAGUUUUGAGAAGCUUUAAAGUAUUUAUUGAAAGUGCCAUAUAGAGGUUGUUUUUGUGUUUUGUCCAUUAGGAGUGUUCUUAGUCCUUCCUGCAUAGAGAGAGAAACUGUGAGUCUGUUCAUCAGACGGGCUGAAUUAAUUAAACCUAACUUUAAGCCAGAUUGACUGCUUCUUACUUACAUUUUCCUUGCUUACAGAUCAUUGCCAGUUGCUUUGGUUGUGUGGUUAGCUAUGAUUCAAAUGUGACCAUAUACAUAUUCCUUAGCUAAUAUAUGUUGUCCAUAUCUUUUUUUU